UAGCGUCUCCCCAAAUCCCCCAAAUCAGAUCGACAUCCCUGGCGGCGGCCGACGCGUUCCUUGGUGGCUGACUCGUUCCUGCCGGCGGAGGGGGCGGCGGAAGGCGGAGGGCGCGCUCCCCGCGACGGCUGGCGUUUUCCUCGCGGCAGAAGAGAGGGGGGCUCUUCCUUGCGGCAGCGGCGGGCGUGUUCCUCGCGACGGCGGCGGCGACGGGCGUGUUCCUCGCGACGGCAGCGGCGGGCUUGUCCCUUGCGGCGGUGGUGGCAGCUCGGCUGCGUGGGGGAGGUGAAGCAGCGGCGGCAGCGGCCGCGUGGUCGAAGGGAAGGGGCGCCUAGGGUUCCUCCUUCCCCAACCCCAACCAGCUCUGCAGGAACCGACGCCCCAAGCUCGCCAACGAGAUCUCGCUCUCACCGUCAACACCAGAAAAAGCUUCAACCCAUGGGACCUGGACGAACAGUCCGGCCACCAAGAAAUGCCCCGCAAUCUCAAGGUCAACAUUCUGGGAGUACCUCAGCAUCAAAAUCUAGGAAGGUACGUGGGAUAAAUAAGGGAAAGGGCUUGGAGCGUUUGAUCAAAAGGGCAGGUCAUCCACUAAACUUGACCAUCUCCGAAGAGAGAAGACCUAUUGGAGAAAAUAAUGAAUUACUUUCCAGAGAGAUUGGACUUCUUACACGGUACCAUGCACCUAUCCAACGUGCCGGGUGGCAUAGUCUGACUGAGGAUGAUAAGGAGCCGUUGUAUGAACUUCUAAAGCUUAAGUUCAAUCUUGAUUUCACCCAAGAUCAUAUCAAAGGCUGUGUGGAUCUGCUAUUCUCUUCAAGCUACAAAAGUUUCCGUCACAAGUGUUAUGAACAUUAUGUAAAAUCUGGUGAUGAUGCUAGAAGCAAUCCAUAUCCUCCCCUUAUUGAUAAUAGAGUUGGAGACUGGAUUUGGCUCUGUGAUCAUUUUGAAACAGAAGAAUUUAAGAAACGGUCCACAAUUGGGAAGGCUAACCGCUCAAACCUACCUUAUGUUCACAAGAAGGGAACAAAGUCAUUUGUAGCGGUUCAACAUGAAUUAAAUUGUGGCGAUAUCAGACUAUACAAGGAGUGUUACUCUAGUGAUAAGAAGGGAUGGGCAUCAGAAGAUGCCAGGAAUAAACAUGAAGAAAUGUUGCAGAAGCAAAAGGAACCUAUAGAGGAGGGUGAAGUACCUUUAACAGAGCAACAGAUUUGCGAGCAUGUGCUAGGUAAGGCAUAUGGUUACGUCAGAGGUCGGGGUCAUGGACCAAAACCAAAUAGAAGGGCUUACUCAAGCGCAUCAAGCUCAACUCAGCAUGUAGUGGAAGAAUUGGCCUCUACAAAGGAGAUUGUUGCUACGCAGCAAACUCAAAUUGAGGCUCAACAAUCUCAACUUGAAGCUCAACAGAAGAAGAUCGAUUGGCUACAAAGUGUCGUGUCUAACUUGGUUGGCAUUUCACCUCCUAUGGACGACACUAGUGCAACAGGGCUAGGUUUCACAACUGAGCGGCCAAUGCCAUCUGACGGAAUAGGUUCGCUGAUGUCUAACACUGUAGAAAGGAUGUCAAGUUUUCCAAGAUCAUUUGCAAGUCAUUUGAGGCCAGGAUAUAGACCUGCUCCAACUUCUUCUUCUGAUGGCAAUGGCUCUCUGGUGUCGGAUGGAGGGUCCAGUUUUUCUUCCUGUGAUGUUGUUGAGCUUCUGAGCUAUGGCAAAGCUGAUCAAGAGAUGACCUUGGAGGAGCAGCGGAAAGCAAUACUCGCGCUAAAGACUGAGAAGAGAAAACUAGUUGGAUCUAAAGAAAAUUCAGUGUACAAAUGCUAA